CUGCCUUACGUGGUCAUGGCAAUGCCAGUAAACAGAGCAAGGAGGCUAACAGUGAGGUUCUUUUCUUGGUCAACAAGAGUGGCUUCCCCAUUGAAGAGCAGACCUGGGAGCGGAUGUGGAAGCAUGUGGCCAUGGUUCACCCUGAAGGUCAGGUCAUGGUCAACAGAAUUAGAGACAAGCAAAAUCUUCCUCAGGUGCCCAUGCCACAUCUACCUUUAACCUUCCACCCAUCAAUGUCUGUGCAGGAGAAGCUGCGAAGGAUUCAGGAUUACAUGAUUGACCUACAGUACAACCAUACAGGCACUCAAUUCUUUGAGAUCAGGAAAAAGAGACCUAUAUCAGGGUUGAUGGAAUGUGCCCGGGAAAUGAUGAGAGAGUCACUUCCCAUCAAAUGCUUAGAGGCUGUGAUUCUGGGAAUAUUUCUAACUAAUGGUAUGUUAGGUGUGGAGCGGUUUGCUCUCAGCUUCAAGACAGACUUCAGUGGUCUUCUACACAGACAUGUUGUCCUCGCCAUCUCAUACAGAGGGUCUUAUGGGGCUAUUGGGAUGAGCAGACGGGAGGAACUCAUGUAUAAGCCAGUGGAGUUCAAGAGUCUGUCUGAUCUUGUCUUUGACUUUGAAAGCUGCUACAAAAAGUAUUAUCACACAGUGAAGAAGGUGAAGAUAGGUCUGCCUAUUGUCCAUGAUCAGCACUCAUAUGAUGUUAUCAACUGGAAGGCUGUGCUGAUCAAUUUUUCUAAGCUGAGUAAAGCAGAAAUUGCUCAUGACGUGGACACUCAUGCUCGUAAAAUGAAGAGCUUG